AAUGUUCAUUCAUCAGUCUAUAGUGAGUGCGGUAAUAGUCAAUCAAUAUCGAAAUAUCCGUCUGACGGUCAUGGAUGACAACGAAAAUGCACCUGUGCUGAUUAUUAUUAUAUUGAUUAUUGUCUUCUUUGGAGCAAUUGCAGUUCUUCUUCGAAUCUGUUGUUCUCAGCACAUAGCCAAAAGGAAAGUUGAAUUGACGAAUCGACAAUUGCAAGUCACGUCUACCUCUGCACGCAACGUUCAAGAGCGAUCAACAGGAACAGAAUGGACACAAUCCGAUCAUCAAAUAAUAUUUGAAAGAAUGCCUCAACCUCAGCCUUUACGGAAUGUAUCCCGCUUAAACGCAGCCACUCCAGCAACUCAAAUUGUCCAAGAAAUGGCAGAACAGUUUCGGGUCAACAGUUUGCAGAUGCAGAAUGAAAGACGAGCCCAGGAAAGGAGGGACGUUUUAGAUAGAUUUAACAAUUUCGUUCACAUGCCUCCGCGAUUAGAUACGAAUAUCGGAGUAGAUGGUGUCACAAAUGGACAACUGACCGAAGUCUCUCCAAAUCCGGUCGUUGGCUCUGUGGAAACAACGUUUCAAAAUAAUGUCUCCUAUUCAACUCCUGCGCCACGAUACAUUGCUGAAGAUCACGAAUUACCUAGCUAUGAAGCAGCAGUGGCGACAUCUAAUAUAAACCGAUGAAGUAUGAAGUGCUAGUGAAAGUAGAGAUAAGUUGGACUGAAGUAAUUGUUACGAAUGCUAGGAAUAAUUUUAGGAUAAAAAAUGUUGGGUAAAAAUCGUAUAUUAAAUGAGAUGA